CGCGGCCGUGGCAUCUACCGAGACAUCGCCAUGGUGUAGCCCAAAGCUGGAGCACGAGGCGGCGUGCCCGUACACCAUCGCGGAAUGCGCGCGGGACGUCCAGAGCUGGACCGCGGCCGCCAAGCUGAGCGUCGAGCGCCAGGGGCCGAUGCUCGGCUUCGCCCUCCGCGCGACGGCGCGGGCCAUCGCCGACGAGGUCGCGGUUGAGAUCCUGCAGCGCGGCGCCGUGGUGGACGUCGGUGACGGCCAGGACGACGUGGCAAAGUCAGGAGUCGGCGUCCUCUUGGCGGUGCUGCUGGCCAAGUUUCCUCCUGGCCCAGAGACGCAGAUGCUCCGCGCAGGGCCUGACUUGUUAAAAUUUACGCCCAGCCGCGACGAGGACAUGCAGAGCAUGUUCCCGCGGCUCGACCUCCUGCUCGAUAGGGCAAGCCCGCGCGCGGGGCUGGGGUGUGACCGCGGGCCCCCGGGGGCGGAGCAGGAGUGCCAGCUGGUCACGGCGAGGCUGCUUCGAGACAGGGCGAUCCAAGAGAACGUCCAGCCCCUCUGGCCAGGCAGCGCGGGGGCGCCAUGCGCGUGCUUCGGUGGCGCCGACGGUUCACCGCCCCGCCUCGCCCAGCAAGCUGCUGCCCAGGACGAGUUCUUCGACGUCGGACAAGCAGCGGGCGACGAGGCGGGCGGCGACGCGCGCUGGUCCACCGACGCAGAGUGGUGGGAGCGCGAGGCCGCCGAGGACCCCUGGCCGGCCGACCGCCUGGAGGCCGAGCAGCUCGCGUCC